GCUCGCGGGGGCUUCCUCGCCGCCCGGGCCAAUGCGCAGGCCGGCCGAGAGAGGCAGCUGGCCGCAGCCGCCGCCGCCCCCUCGGUCCCAUUCAGAGUCAGCUGCAGCUGCUGCCGCCCACAUACGCUUCCCAUCCCUUCCUGAAACCCGAGCAGGGCCGGAGGAGGGCGAGUCCCGGCCGGGACAAGAGCAGCGCCUCCUCCGGGCGCGGCCACCCCCUCCAGGGCGGGCCCUGCUGCUGCUCCCGCUCCCAGACGCCCAGCACUCGGCUGCUGCUCCCCGGACGGCGCGGACGCGAGCGAGAGAGCCAUUUGUCCAGAGGGCUUGAGAUCAGAAGAUUGCAGAUAUCUCAUUGUCAUGGCAGGAAACCAUGGGACGAUCAAGGGGGCUUCCAACUUCAAUGCUGAUGCCGAAGCCCAAAAGCUCCGAAAGGCCAUGAAGGGAUUGGGAACGGACGAAGAUGCCAUCAUUGAGGUUCUGGUCCAUACAAAUCUGUCACAACGGCAGCAGAUUAAGAUGGUCUACAAAUCUACCAUUGGCCGGGAUUUGAUUGGCGACUUGAAGUCUGAGCUGAGCGGGAAUUUUGAGAAGGUGGUUGUUGGCCUGAUGACUCCCAUCACGUUGUAUGACGUCGAGGAGCUGAAGAGGGCCAUGAAGGGGGCUGGUACAGAUGAAGGCUGCCUGAUAGAAAUCUUGGCUUCUCGGACCAACGAGGAAAUUCGACGGAUUAACGAAACCUACAGACACCAGUAUGGAACCAACCUCGAGGAAGACAUUGUCUCCGACACCUCCUCCAUGUUCCGGAGAGUUCUGGUAUCCCUAGCAACCGGCAACCGAGACGAGAGCCAUCAUGUUGAUCCGGAUCUCGCCCGACAAGAUGCCGAGUGCCUGUAUAAAGCCGGGGAGGAGAGGUGGGGGACAGAUGAGGUCCAGUUCAUGACUAUUCUCUGCACCAGAAACAGAACUCACCUCUUAAGGGUGUUUGAUGACUACAGGGUCAUUGCUAAUAAGGACAUUACAGAAAGCAUUAAAUCGGAGAUGUCAGGAGAUCUUGAGGAUGCCUUGUUGGCCAUAGUGAAAUGCAUGAGGAAUAGGUCUGCUUACUUUGCUGAAAGGCUGUACAAAUCCAUGAAGGGUUUAGGGACAGAUGACGACACACUCAUUCGAGUGAUGGUUUCCCGCUGUGAAAUUGACAUGAUAGAGAUCAAGGCAGAGUUCAAGCGGGCGUAUGGGAAGUCUCUUUACUCCUUCAUUAAGGGAGACACUUCAGGAGACUACAGGAAAAUUCUGCUUGCCCUGUGCGGUGGGGAAGACUAAUAAGCAAAAGGCUCGCCUCUUGCUACGUCCAGGCAAUGCUGCUGUUGCUGCUUCCCGUCAUAGACACCCAAAUAGCCUCUACCUCUUGCAACGAUGCUUUACUUUUCUUUCGGGAACACUUUGAUGCAGACAUCUCGCUUUUGCAUCAUGUUGUCCUAGAUUUUUACCUGCUAUGGUAUGGGUCGUGAACUAACUUCUUUCACUUUAGUAGCAGAAGAGAAACACAAUAUAGGGUGAGGGGUUUUUUUAACCCAGAUGUGCCUUGUGUGCAGGGGCAGUGGGAUCCUGUUUUUUGUGUGCUGCAGAAAGGCUAGUCGGUAGAAAAGGAGUGAAACCUUCCAGUAAUGCCUUUUGACAAUGGUUGGUUGGUGCCCGUUUUGCAAUGUUUUGUUGCACUUUAUGGAAGUUAGAUGUGACCCUCUGAGAUCUAUGACCUCCUUGCACCACUGAAGUACAUGGCUGCUACCUCUUGGAAGCUGCUUUUAAGCAUACCAAAGCCUUAUGAUGGGCCAGUGAACCUCUUACUAGACUAUGCCUUAAUAUUAAUGCAAGUGGUCUCAAUGUCCAGGACAGAAUCACUUACGCCUCUGCACCCAUCCCCAAAAGAAUAAACUUGAUUUUGGUUACAAUCGGAUACAUAUUUACGUGUGGGGUGAGUCCCAUUGGAUUCCUGAAUUGGAGUCCAGCCCCUUACAGAGGGCUGGGCUCCUUGUAGGCAAGAUGUAUUUAAAGAUUUAAGUGCCAGGUUGUUACACUGAAAUACAGGUGGACCUCCUUAUCUGUGAGCGUUCUAUUCCUCCCUUACGACUGCGAAUAAUGAAACCAUGAAUAACAAGGCAUUGUGUCUAUGGGAAUUGGGGAGUUAGGUUCAGGAGCCUGGAAAAUGAUUUUUACAAAAAAUAAAUAAAGCAGAAAUAAGGAUGGAACACAGCACUGUA